UCUCAGGCUAUCAGUGGAUGGGAUUUUGUUAAGCUGAAUAUGCAUCUGAACAUUUCGUCUCAGAGUUCAGUAACGCUGAGGCUGCACAAUGAGUUUUAGAAUGGCUAUAUUUUGAUGAGAAAACGUAAUUCAUGUUUUUAGCACAGGGCCCAGAUGACAUUUAUUUCUAAAGGAAAUAGCGGUGGCAAAAACUUAUUGUGUUUAUCAUUAUUUUUAGGGGUAGUAGAAAAAAUAACCUAUUUUUUAUUCACUACUACAUCACUUCCCACGAUAGCCAACAUGGUAAAGACAUGUUGUCACAAAUUGGUGUGGGGAGAGGCAGUUCAGUAUGUGCCCAUGGAUUUGCUUAUAAAUUCUAUUUGAAUAUCAGUGGUGUGAUCUUGCAAGUUCUUAGCAGGUUACCAAGCUUUUCAACAAGGGCCUAAAAUACCAAAUUACUGUUUAUUCGUGACUAAAAUGAUCUGAUGCUAAUAAUAAUCCUUUACUCUCUACUAUUCAUUGUCUGGUAACUGUAUUGGACUCUUACAUAUUAGUAUUUUUUUUAAUGUGAACAUAUGUCACCAUUUGAAAAACAAUUUCUUAUUCAAACCUGGUUAAAAAAAAUAUGCCAGAAGACUGUUAGAGAUGCCAAAUAUUCUUUAUUCAGGGCAGUGUAACAUAACUGAUGAUAUGUGAUAAAGUUAAAUUUUUUUUUGAUGAGAUAUAUUUUAUUUACAAAACAUUGUGCACUGCUGGUUUUAACAUAUGAAAAGAAAUAAAGUCAGUUGAUAAUUGUCUCCUGUUUUUAUGCUCUGUGACUUUAUUUUCCUUUGUGCAGAAUACCCAGUAGGCUUUAUUUCUGACCUAUUAGAACAGUAACACAGAUGCUUUAUCAUUUGCAAACUCCCAUAAAUUUCAUGGAGGAGGGUUAUAGCAUAUAUUGACAGGUAGAAAUUUGAGGGCUCUGAGGAAUUUCUGUACAAAAGGAAAUAGGCAGCUGGACUGGGUGGGGCGUAAGGAAUCCUAGCAGAGGGGUUAUUAGAAAAGCAAAGGGAAAUGACUCGCCAUCAGAGUUGAAGAAGUUCAUUUUAGAAGGAGAUGUAUGUUUCUUUAAAGAACUAAAUACUGUCUUUAAGUAAAAUUUGAAAAGCGGAAACCUAUCUUGGAAGAGAUUGCCCAAUAUUAGAAGUGGAGUGAACAUCGCUAGAGAAGAACAGAUGUUUUGGUGAGAGUUAAUCAUCUCUAACUUAAUAAACCAGCAGGAAUGUGUGAAUACAACACACCUCGUUGGCAAACAGAGAGACCGGGCAUGUUUGUUUAGCUGUGUGUCUAUGUGUUCAGCUACGCCACGUCAAUGCUGAGUCAGGAAACUGGGACUGCAUUACCAGACAUGACUUCACUGUAAAACACUGUAAAACUUCUCCGAAGAAGUCAUUCUGCAUGAGCUUCAUACGUUCGAUCUCCGGAAGCAGUAUUGAUCAGGUGCAGAGGAAAUAUGGGGCAAAACUCAUCGCAACAGUUGCCUCCGAAGGACAGCAAAGAGGAUUCCAGCAUCUGUGAGGUUGUCAGCGAGGCUAUAGUCCAUGCAGCUCGGAAAGUGAGGGAGUAUCUUGGAUUCGAAGAUCCUCUGAGCAAUUUGUGCCCAGCUUCCAACACUCUGAACGAGAUCUUCUUAAUCCACUUCAUCACUUUCUGCCAAGGCAAGGGAGUGGAUGAAUGGCUCACCACCACCAAGAUGACCAAGCACCAAGCUGUACUGUUCGGGGCAGACUGGAUUUGGACUUUCUGGGGAGCCGACAAACAGAUCAGGCUUCAGCUGGCAGUGCAAACUCUGCAGAUGUCUUCCCUCCCUCCUGUGGCAUCUCAGCCCUGUGACAUGUCCCCUCCAGAAUCCAGGGCAGGGGGGUCUUCCAGGAAGAGAAGUCGAUUUGAUAAGCUUGAAGAAUUCUGUCACUUGAUAGGAGAUGACUGUCUGGGCCUGUUUAUCAUCUUUGGGGUGCCAGGUAAGCCCAAAGACAUCAGAGGAGUGGUCCUGGACAGUGUCAAAAGUGAGACCGUGCGGGGCCAGCUGCCAGGACGGAAGGCCGUGGCACAGUUUGUCCUGGAAACGGAAGAGUGUGUGUCCAUCAGAAAGCUGCUGGGGAACUGUCUGAGUAAGAAAGAUGGGCUGAGAGAGGUGGGCAAGGUUUAUAUUAGCAUCCUCUGAACUGGACGUGGGCAAAGAGACUGUAAGGCAAAAAGGAAAAAGUAUUUUAGCGAGCUCAUCCACAUGCAUCAUCCCAGCAUGGGAUUUUUUUUUUUUCUCUACCCACCCUCCAUUGCAAGAAACUAAUCACCUGGAUCAAAGCAUAUAAUGUCAUGACAACAGGGGGGGAAAAAAACCCUGCUCAUAUUGCAGGGAAAUUUAAUUUAUUCAAUAAUAAAAAUGAGAGGAGAGAAUAAAGUCAGCCUUGAAGUUUGAUUUGCUAAGAAAAAGUCUUUGUUUAGUAAGUCUAGAACUGUAAAGUGUAAAAUGUAUUUUUACUGCUUGGGUGGAAGGUGGCAGGAUGGGGGAUAAGCUGGUCCUUUUUGUGAGACUACAGAAUGGGAUUAAUUACAUUGACAACACCAGUUCCGAUUCAGGACUCCUAAACAAAACCUCAUUCCCCUCUCUUCCUAUGAGCUCUGCCCUUGAUCCCAUCUCCUCCCCAGCUGCUUUCUCUGUGCACAGAGACUCUUGGUAGGAUUCACUUUGGGACUUGCUUGAAGUGUCCACUUUCCCUAUGCGUUAAACACAGUGACCCCUGAGGUGCCUGGGUGGCUCAGAUGAUUAAGCAUCUGCCAUCAACUC